UUUUGUUUCCUUGUGAAAAUUUUAGUUACAAAAUAGAAGGAGAAUACAAAAACUUAGAAAUUGGGUUUGGUUCUUUAGUGACCAAAAAUAGAGUUACUAUGAGCAUGAAGUCAUUAGAGAGAGUGGUUUCAGAGAAAGCAUUUAAACUUGGAAAUUCAUUUCCAUGUCAAAUCUGUGUAGUUGGGUUUCUAUUGGGAAUCUGUCUCACUUCACUUUUCUUAGCUGCUCUUACUUCUCUUGGCACCUUCGAGUUCGCCGCCUUCUCCUUCACCUCCACUUCCUCUGUUUUUCCUCCUUGCAAUUCCUCCAGCUCUCAAAUCAUCAAUAUGGUUGCAAGCAUAGACCGGAAACUGAAAUGGAAGAACAAAGCUGAGACAGAAGAAGAAGAUGAAGUGAAACUUUUGGUAUCUGCUUGGGAUAAUUUAUUACUAAAUGAAGAAGACUUCUUGAAGAAGGUAGGGAUGAACAAAUCCGAUGUACCAAAUGGUCCACAUUUGGAGAAUUGUGAGGAGAAGGCGCGAGUUAGGGAGCGUUUGGAUACACGGAUAGCGAAUCGGACAUUCCCUUCUUGGAUCAGUGGAGGAGAUGAAGAGAAUUAUCCGUUAACGAGGAGAGUGCAACGUGAGAUAUGGAUUCAUCAGCAUCCUUUGGACUGUCAAAACAAGAGUCUCAAGUUCCUUGUAGCUGAUUGGGAAACGCUUCCUGGUUUUGGAAUAGGAGCUCAGAUCGCUGGAAUGACUGGUCUUCUCGCGAUAGCUAUAAAAGAAAACCGAGUGCUCGUCACAAAUCACUACAACCGAGCAGAUCAUGAUGGUUGCAAAGGUUCUUCUCGUGGAAGCUGGUCAUGCUAUUUUCUACCGGAAACAUCGGAGGAGUGUCGGAAACGCGCGUUUGCGAUUGUGAAGAAGAGAGAAGCGUGGGAGAGUGGGAUUGUUACAGGGAAACAAAACUACACCACAAAGGAGAUUUGGGCUGGGCCUAUACCAAAGCUAUGGGGUAAGCCUUGGAGUUAUAUGAAGCCAACUACAGAAAUCAAUGGAAGUUUAAUCUCCAGUCACCGGAAAAUGGAUCGGAGAUGGUGGAGAGCACAAGCAGUGAGAUACUUGAUGAGAUAUCAAACAGAAUACACUUGCGGUUUGAUGAACACUGCUCGAAAUUCCGCAUUUGGAAAAGAAGCUGCCAAGAUUGUUCUCUCUGCAGGAGAUUGGAGAAAGAAGAAUAAGAAGAUUGAGACACAGAUUGAGGAACAGGUGUGGUCGGAUCACAAGCCAUGGAUUCCAAGGCCAAUGCUGAGUGUUCACGUGCGGAUGGGAGACAAAGCAUGCGAGAUGAGAGUCGCAACUUUAGAAGAGUACAUGCGUUUAGCUGAUCGGAUCAGAGAUCGGUUUCCAGAGCUCAAUAGGAUCUGGCUGUCUACAGAGAUGAAGGAAGUUGUGGACAGAAGUAAAAAUUAUGCUCACUGGAGAUUCUAUUAUACAGAAGUGGCAAGACAAGUCGGUAAUAAGUCGAUGGCUGAGUAUGAAGCGAGCCUCGGGAGAGAGAUGAGCACAAACUAUCCUCUGGUUAACUUCUUAAUGGCAUCAGACGCUGAUUUCUUCGUCGGGGCAUUGGGUUCCACUUGGUGUUUCCUCAUCGAUGGUAUGAGGAAUACGGGUGGGAAAGUCAUGUCUGGUUAUCUCAGUGUCAAUAAAGAUCGGUUCUGGUAACUUUGCUAGUUCUGCUAUGUACAUAACAAGACCCCUCCUUAUUUCUUCAUCUGUUGUACAAAGAGUUUUCAGUAUAAUAAAGGAGGUUAAGUACG